AUGGGAUACAAAGCAGCCACCAAGGCACAGCGGGGACAGGGCCUGCCCGGGGUAGAGGACGCAGCGGAAGGAGAAGGGAGGUGGCUUUCCACUGACCCAGCUGUCGGCCCACUCAGGUCUUCCACAAGGCCUUCAACUUCUUGUACUGUUCCUGCUCAACACUUACCUGGUGAAGGAGCAGCUCCUGGUAACUAUGGCUAUACCAACAGUGGAUAUAGUGUGUACGAAGAAGAAAACGAAAAGCUAACUGAAAGCCUGCGUACAAAAGUCACUGCCAUAAAAUCACUUUCCAUUGAAAUUGGAACAGAAGUUAAACAUCAAAAUAAAAUGUUAACAGAAAUGGAUUCUGACUUUGAUUCUACUGGUGGAUUUCUGGGUGCAACUAUGGGCAGACUGAAAACACUCUCCAGAGGGAGCCAGACAAAACUGUUAUGCUACAUGAUGAUCUUUUCCUUGUUUGUCUUUUUUGUAAUUUAUUGCAUUAUUAAAUGGAGGUGAUGAAAGUUAUUUCCAGUUUAAUAUGUGCCACAUCAAUAACUAUGAGAUGGUCUUAAUUCAUGAAGACGGUAAUCUUAAUUGACACAGUCUGUUGAUUAAACGUGGCAAAAUUGUUAAUUGCAUUAGAAAUUAAUGCAUUUGUUAUGUAUAUGUUACUUUACAUCAUGCCAGAAAUUUUCCCAUCAUCCCCUAUUUUCUGGGGUUACUGUAAAUAUGCACAAAGCUAAGCAUUAACAUAAGUUUCACUAUAGUUACUCUGGGGAAGUAUUUGUUGGGUAUACAAAGAAGUGGAUAUUUCCUUUACCACUUGGCAAAAUUUCAGACUCUUUGAACUUUCUUGAAUAGGUUCCAGACUUCUAAAAGAAUCUUAAUUUAGGGCCUGAUACUGAGUGGAGCAUCAGAAUCAGACAAGUAGCAUUUUGCAGGUAACAGGAAAAUGCUUGUGCUUUUUCUGAAUUAACUUAUGAUAUUCACAAACAAUAAUAUGAAGGUACAAAUAUUGCAAUGUAAUUCAUGAUUCUUUGGUUGAAGGUUGAUAACUUUAAACAUAUUUUAGUGGUUUAGAAUAAUUUUUUGCAGGUUUAACAAUAAAUCCUAAACUGGAAAAAAUUAUGAUCAAUCUUUCUUUGAGACCAGGUAAUACCAAAGCCCUUUAUUCUUCUAAACAAAUGCCUUUUAAUAGCGUGGAGAAAAUAAUAUGGGCAAGAUGCAAGCAUUUUCAUUACCUUUUGUAUUAAGUACUUGAAACUCGUUGAUUCUAUUGAAUUGCUGUGGUUUUUACUCUUCAUACAUUAAUUUGUCAAUUACUAAUGACAUCCAAACCCUAGCUAAGCAUAACUUUGAAAUGUGAAGCAAGAUGACACAAACUUUUUCAUACUUGUGUGUGUUAAGGAUGCACUUGAGAUACUUUUAUGUACAUUGGCUAAGACUUAGUUUUGGUUCCUAAGCAAAACUAUCACUUUCAAAAGCAACAUGCAAAAUACAAAUUGUUUUCUAGAGACUGAAAAUUGUCUAAAAGAAAACUAUAUGCCUUGACAAACUUUUUCUAGAGAGUGUAAUAUGUUUGCAUUACCCGUAGUUCUCUUACAAACUUAUAAAGGAAUAAAGUAUUUGAUGUAUGUUAGCCAGUGUGGGUCUGUUACUUGGAAAUGAAACAACUUGCCACGUGUUUAUAUAUAGAUUUCCUAGGAGAGAGUAUUGGAAGACUUCUAGAAAUGCUGCAAAUAUUAAUGCUGAAUAAAUAUUUGAUUUUUUUUUUUUUAAUCAGUAUUUAAUAAUGUAAGUACUUGCUUGGAAAACGGGUAUUAAAGAUCUAGUAUGCCUCUCAGUUUACCCAUUAACUAUCCACACUAGUUUUAAUCUUCAACAAAUUUGAUUUUUGUGUAUUGUCUACCAGGAAUAUGCUAAAUAAUUAACUGAAUAAGUCAAGUAUGGUUUAUAUUUUUGAGUGAAACACACAAACUUUUUAAAAUGAUAAAAUAUCUUUGAAACACUAAUGCCUGUCAUAUAUUAAGUAUGGCUGCAGGAAGCCAAAGAAACCGUUGAUUUAACAUAAAUCUGCCUAUGAGAAUCAGUGCACUCUUCCGCUUGCAGAUAUUUUAGUCUACAGGAACAAAAGCCACCUAGGAAGUAAUUGCAGACGUUAAUAGUUACAGGGGCUUUGCCACCCACAUUUCGUCAGCAGACAUACUUCUCAAUUCUUCCUGUUUAACUACUACCUAGCUGUGAAACUUGCCUGAACAAUUUCAGUGCAUAGCUACUUCUUUCGUGUUUUAGUUAGAGGUGCAUUGAUACAUCAAUCCAUAUUGUAUCAGCACUGAUAAAAGGAAAAUUGACAUUAUCAGCAAUUGGCUUUUCUUGGCUGUAAAAUAUUACACACAUGUAUAUACAAACACAAUUAAAUAGGCCCACAGGAGCAAUUUCCAUGCUGGCUAGGUAGGGUAGGUCACUUGGUUAAGAUGUUAAGUAGCAUUUUUCAAACUAACUUCUCAUAUAAUAAUAAUGCCGUGUGCACAUGUGCAGCUGCAGCAUGCAUGAGGC